ACAACGUGGUUUUGACAUUAUUGACAUCUCCAACAAAAACAAGUGCGGAUCUGAGCUCAGUUUGAUUGAACGAAUUUUACAGAUUUAAUCGUUUAAUUUCAUUUUGAAUUGAUCAUAUUAUGCCAGUAUUUUGUCCAUAAGUUAACAAAUGGCCAGUCGAACUAAACUUAAAGAAGCUUUUAUUACGGAAGCGGAGUAUGGUGCAUUUUACACCGGAGGAACGAUAGCAUGGACGUCAGAUGGUCUAGAAAUACUUUGCCAAAAUUCUGGCAAAAUUAGCAUUAUUUCCACUGAAGACAACAAACCUCAACGGUCGAUCGGAAUUUCGACAACCGAGGAUGUGGACGACGACUACAUGUACACAUUUGCGCUUAGCUGCAACGAUGAGCUGGUUGUUUCAUCGCACAAAAGCGGUCUGAUGAAAUUAUGGAAUCGUACGGACGGGAAAAUGUUGAAAAUGUGGAAGGCGAUCCAUCAAGGUCCGGUGCCGCGACUUUCCUUCGACUAUGAAAGCAAAAUCAUCGCUAGUGGUGGCACCGAUUCCAACAUUCGCCUGUGGGAUUUUAACAUGAAAGCCUGUCUGGGAACAUUGCGCGGCUGCCAAGGAGUGAUCAGUGUGCUACAAUUUCACCCCGACACAAAUCGACGAUUGAUUGUUGCUGCCGCUGAUGAUAACAAAAUUCAAGGGUGGAACUACGACACGAAAGAACCGCUGUUUUCGUUGACGGGACACUUUUCCAAAAUAACGUCGCUGUCGUUCGCGGCUGACGGUGCGCACAUGGUUUCAACGGGCAGAGACAAGGUGAUGAUGCUCUGGAAUUUGAAUGAACUAAAAUCGGUUCGAACAGUGCCAACAUAUGAAGGCGUUGAAGGUGCUGUCAUCAUCAAUUCCGAUUGCAGUCUACCCGACAAUAUACAAUUGGACGAAUCAAGAAUUUAUGCUGCGUCGGCGGGGGAAAGUGGAUGUGUGAAAAUCUGGGACAUGACUGGCGGCAAAACGAUAUUCGAACAGCAAAACAGUUUAAUUUCGAAAGCUUCCGAGGAAGGGGGUCUUGCCUGUACACACAUUUUACUGAACGAGAAAACGUCGCAAUUGGCAUUGGUUAGUGUCGACCACAACAUUAUGAUCCACAACAUGAGCACGUUCUUCUGUUCCAAACAACUAAUCGGAUUCACCGACGAGAUACUGGACAUCGUACAUUUGGGCAAGAAAGGACGAUACCUGGCUGUUGCCACCAAUAGCAACGCGAUUAAAGUUUACGAUACGACCAAUAUGAAUUGCCAAGUGAUAAAUGGUCAUACGGACAUUGUACUGUCUCUUGCUGCUCACAAGAACUUCCUGCUAUCUGCCUCCAAAGAUAAAACGAUCAAACUUUGGGAAAUAGAUCCGGGAAGCUUCACCGUAUCGCUUAUCGGCAACGGUACGAAACAUACAUCGUCUGUUGGAUCCAUUGCAUUCGGUAAGACCUCGCACACUUUAUGCGCAUCUGUGAGCCAAGACACUUGCUUGAAGGUGUGGUCGCUUCCGAAACAAAUCGACAAAAGCAAAAUUUUACCAAUCAACUGCACAGCCACACAGAUAGCACACGAAAAGGAUGUCAAUUGUGUGACUAUUUCACCGAACGAUAAGAUGAUCGCGACUGGUUCUCAGGAUAAGACCACAAAACUGUGGAACGCAACUGAUCUAUCGCUGAUUGGCGUGUUCCGUGGUCACAAACGUGGCAUUUGGUGUGUGAGAUUUUCGCCGGUCGAUCAGGUGCUGUUAACAACUUCAGCUGAUUGUCUCAUGAAAUUGUGGUCACUGUCGGAUAUGUCAUGCAUACGUUCGUUUGAAGGACACGACAGCUCCAUCCUAAAGGCAGAAUUUUUGACGCACGGACUACAGAUACUCUCUGCUGGGUCGGAUGGACUUCUUAAAGUGUGGAGUGUCAAAACAUCGGAAUGCAACGUUAGUUUGGAUAAGCACGACGGACGCAUAUGGGCCAUCGCUGUAUCACACGACGAACAAACAUUUUACAGUGGUGGUUCAGACUCGCUGCUGAUCAAAUGGAAGGAUGUGACCGAAGAGAAAAAACUGGAGGAAAAAUUGCAGCAACAGCAACUAGCAUUGGAGGAACAGGAAUUGUCUUCGUUGUUAGCUCAAAAGAAAAUGGUCAAGGCUUUACGGCUAGCGUUGCGUCUAGAAAAACCGCUGCUUUCUUUGAAAAUAAUCAACGAAGUCAUCAAAAUUCGCAAAGACAGCGAACUCACGGAUACCAUUGCGAAAUUGAGCGAUGCUCACAAGGAAUCACUGCUGAACCAUGCCACUACGUGGAACACGAACAGCAAAAAUACGCGUCCCGCACAGUUGGUGCUGAACGUAUUACUGCAGCAAGUGCUGUGUGGUAAAUUCAAUGCACGCGAAGUAGGUAAAUUGGUCGAACACACAAUUCCAUACACAGAUCGGCACUUUAAACGUAUGACGGAGUAUUUGAAAGAUUUGAAGUUUUUAGAAUAUUCAUUGCGUUGCAUGCAACCUCAUGUUAAUUUUGACGUUGAAAUGAAUUAAAAGUCAAUGAUUCCA